AUGAAUGAAACGUACAAGUGCAUCGGACGAAGAAAUCGUAAGGCAUCUCCUUGCGAUGUUCAAAUGAGAAUUUCUUGUGAAAUAAAUUUAUAUUGUUUGAACGAUUUGAUGAUUCUUGAAAGAAGAAUGCCGUCGAAGGCAGUUGUGAGCGUAAUGAAAUGUUGUGUGGUGUUCAUGUUGUUGGAGGUGGUCGGUCUAACAGCCGGACAGGCAGUUCAGCCGGUCAGCAGCGUCAUCAAGGGUUCGUUCGGUCUGAACGCGUCGCUCGAUACCGUAACAGGCACUCUCAUCAUCAACAGAAUACUUCCUCCAACUUCUACAACCACUGCUACUACCACUACGACUACAACUCCAGGAAAUCAAGCAGCGACCAACGCGUCUACAACAGCAACGACUACAACGGCGACAACUACAACAACUACUACUGAUCCGUCAUUGCCACUCCAGAGUGGGACGAUUUUUGCGAGGCUGUUGUCGCUCCAACAAUUCAACAACGACUCAAUCAAGAAUAGUUUCAUCGGGCAGCAGUUGUUUGUGUUGAGCAACUGCAGUUACAAGUUUGUUGGCCAGGUUGCCUCGAACUGCAGCAGGUUUGAUUCGUGUUUCAUCACAGGCACUGAUACGUACAUUGAGAUGAUGAUCUGCCCGAUAAUCUCAGGAGAUCAAAAAAGCGCACUUUUCGUCGACAUCACACUCAAAAAUUGGUUCUGGUGCAACAAUAGCUCUUCCUCAUCAUCAUCAUCAUCUUGUCUCCAAAGUUAUCUUGAUGUAAAUUUCGAACUGACCAUCCAGCCAGAUAAAGUGAUCAGUGACAGUAAGAACAAUCAGUACAAGUUGGGAUUCGACAGUGCUUACGUAGCUUUCAAUAAAUCGUACAUGGAGAAAGCAAGUGAAGGUAUCUGGAUGAACUUUCCACUCAAUGUGUAUGGUUUUAGCCAACCGACGGCCAAGCAAUACUAUAUCUCAAUCGACCAAAAAAUCUUCCACAUGACGUCAUCCCUAAAUACGUCACUGGCCUUCAACUUUACAAUUGAUCCGGGAUAUGAGAUUGGUACCCCUCCGUCCAAAUAUAUGGUUGUUUCUGGCGCCAUCGCUAAGGGUAACUUUGGUAUUCUCUGGUUUGGUAGUCUCUCUGGGUUCAUUGUAGUCUUGGUGUUGGAAAUUAUAAAUAUUUGAUGAGUACAUGGGCAUUUUAAGAUAAAAAGUGAUUAAAUACUGACUAAGUGUUGUUAAAUCAAAAUUCAUAUUAUCUAUUUUUCAAGUGUACUUGCCAUGCUAUCCCAGUUCAGUGUCAUUUUUCAUUUUUAAUAACAUUCAUCAGAUUGCUGUCUGUUUCAUAGAGAAAGACAAACAUUGAAUACGGUAGAUUUAUAUUUUGCCAUAUUAAAUAGCUUACUAUUUUGUUCUUUGCUCUAAUAAAAAUUAUAGAAACUCUA